ACAGUGACAGUAGAGUUUAUGUAUUUUAACCUCAAAUUUACUCAAAUUAAAUGCAAAAUUUUUAUUUGUUUUUUUUUGCAAAUAAUUUACUAGUAACGCAUGUUAUUUUACAUAUAUUUAAUUAGAAUUGUUGAUUAGUGUCAAUGAAUUCAACUACAACGAAGAAAACAACAUCGGGAACGAAGGAAGGACCAAUCCGUUGUAUAUUUUUUUGUGAAUUUCAUCACACAGCAGGACCGAUUAUUUCAUGCCAGAUCCCGGAGAAUUAUAUAUCUAAAGAACUCUUCGAUAGUAUAAGUGUGUAUAUUAUUACAAAAGCUGAACUACAGAAGAGUACAAUAACAAUAACUUUAGAGGAUUACAAAGUUCUGGGAUUCCCAGUGAAAAUAGAUAACAAAAAUUAUGCCAGGAACGCGUUUUAUUUCAAUUUAUGUUUUGUCUGUGAUAGUGACGCCCGAACUGUGCAAUACGAGUCAGUCGUAAUGAAAUUCUCCGAAUAUUUAACGUCUAUGGAGGUGGAAAGCUCGUUUUUAUCUAGCGGGAAAUCUAACGCCAAGCUGUCACCAAUUUUGAGAAAAGUUUUGGAAGAUUUAAACACUAGAGGGGAAUGUGCCCUUACUGAAGGUCCAAUAGCGACGCAUUUAAAAGUGUGCCAGAUAAGAAGCGAUCCAGAUGCGGUUUUAGACCACCAAGUACCAGUUUUUGUCAAAGAAUUGCCUCCGCAUCAGUGGGAUUUAACCACACAACAAGUCACACCAUACAUUGAUGGAUUUAAUCAUAUUGCCAGGAUAGCAGCGUUGUCAGAUGUGGAUAAUAAUCUGGUGAAGGCUUGUGUACAGAAUUUGGUUUAUUAUGGAGUAGUGUCUCUGGUUCCCUUGUUUCAGUAUGGCAAUAUUUACUCUACCACUCCUAAAUUGAGAUCUUUGGCGCACGACACUGACUUACAGAAACGAUGCCUUCAAGAGGUGGCGCGCUCUCAUAGACAAAAUCCGAACUUGAGAGACGUAUUUCGCACAUAUUCUGCCAUGACCCGAGGUACAACCAUCAAAGACCUCUGUACCCGUUUCAACAUGACCAAUCUAAAGAUCAACGAGCGAAAACUGGUUCAAUUCGGUAUGCUGGAAGGUCUGAUCAGGCGGGUACACAAAUAUCCCAUUGUAUUAGGGGAAUCGGCAGGAUUGCAAAAAGUCUUUACAGGCAAUUUCAACGUUGACGAAAUAUGCUGCGCUACGGGGGUGACGUCACAACAGUUGGAGGAAAAAUUGGAGAGAGAUCAAAAUGUAAUUCUACUGUGGAAAUAAAAUACCAUAAGACUGAAAAAAAGGCGUCAAGGACGGCUGGGGAAUGACAAUCGAUGUUAAUUUUGGCGAGGUCAAUCUAUAGACAUCUAAAUUUAGACAAUUCAAACUUGUAAAAAUUAAAAGUAAUUAUAGAGAGCUUAAAGCUUGAUUUUCAUGCGUUCGUUAUCCGUUGAUACGAUGGUCCGACGGCGCUCUGAUUGGUCAUAGCGUUUUCCCAGCCGACUUUGACGCCGGUUUUUUUUCGAUUAUACGGUAUUUUAGCAUUUUGUUAUUGUUAAAAUUAAUUCAAUUGUACAUCAGUUGCACUUUUUAUUAUUAAUUCUAUUUAUUUGAAUUAUAUAGGUACUUUUUAUUACCUAAUUUUAUUGAAUAUCAAAUAUAUUUAUUUAUACUAUUUUUUAUCAAAUUAAAAAAAUAUAUAUUCUUUUUAU